AUGGGGUUUGGCGGGAUGUUGAAGUGUGGUCAACCGAAAGACAUUGACCACCAUCUUAUCACCGCAUUAAUUGAACGAUGGAGGCCAGAGACUCACACAUUUCACUUUCCAAUCGGCGAAGCGACAGUGACUUUGGAAGACGUGGAGGUCUUAUGGGGCCUCAAAGUUGACGGGGAAGCUGUGACAGGUUAUAUCCCCAGUAAGGAUGUCGGCUAUUGGACGCAAGCGUGUCUGGAUUUUCUUGGCUUUAUACCAGAUACUGUUGAGUUUAAAGAAAUGGUUUGGAAGCAGACGAGUUUAUCAAAACAACUGAGGGUUGAGUUGAAUGAUGACCACGACCAGUACAUAUACGUUCAACGCGCCCGUGUUUAUUGUCUGUUAUUACUUGGUGGUCUGUUAAUUCCGAACGCCUCCGGUAAUAAAAUUCCAUUCUUCUACCUUCAAUUUUUCAUGGAUGUAGGACGUUGUGGUAGCUAUAGCUGGGGUGGUGCGACUCUUGCCUGCUUGUACCACAAUCUUUGUGAAGCUGCACUUGCAAAGAGGUCCGAUGUCGGAAGAGCUCUUACUCUGUUACAGUUGUGGGCUUGGGAGAGAAUCCCAAUUAUUAGACCGACGAUGCUAAAUCCCGUGCCCAUAGACUACGUACCAUGUGCAAUCGCGUGGAAUGGUCCGGCCUCUUAUGUGAAAGCACCCGGACAUUGCAUUGAAACUUUCAGAGAUCAAUUCUCUAUAAUGCACGCCAACCAAGUGGAGACGCUUCACAAAAUACGACAAUUUCUUAGGGAGCAAGACAUGACAGGACGGCCGGAUUUGUUCACCGUUUCGAGGAUGGUUGAAGAUGGUCUCCAGAUAUCUGGGGAAGUUGAGACGAUGGACUGUCGUCCUUCCCAGCGCUCUGAGCUGGACAUUGACAUGCCCGUGCGGCAAAAAGUGAAGCGGCGUGGAAAGAAGAACGAUGGUGGAGAGUCGUCAUCAGCAAGGAUGGAUACUCAGUUGGGUGAUGAGUCCGAUGGCGAUUUUAUGGCUCCACCUCCAUCAAGAUCUGCCGUUCGGGGUCGUCACUCUGUCAGCCACACUGGUGCUACAGGUGAAGAUAUCGGUCUCAGUGAUGUCCACCAAUCUCCACCACGGUCUUCUGUGAGAGACGAGUUUUUGGUAUUGAUUUAG